UUCUCUCCCAGAUAUUUUGAUCGCGCGGAGAGCUCCGAGCUAUGGCGAUCGCGGCGUCGAAUCGGUGCUCCCUCGUGUUCGUGCGCGUCUGCUGUUGUGGUGGGGAGCGCCGCGGUAGGGCCUGAUCAGAUCAAACGGCCAAUUUCUCCUCUUUCUUUUCUUUGUUCUUGCGUCGCCAUCACGGAACAAGACAGAGGCGGGCGAGGAGGCGCUGCUACCCCUCUAGCUGCGAGAUCGUUGUCGCGGCCAUAGCUCUCUGAUUCAUCCUUUCAUUCAUGCGAUUUGCGCGUUCUAUCGCAUUGUUUUGCGCUGAUCUCUCGCGGGUGCCAGCUUGAUCUGCGCGCCAGCAAACCAGGCAAAGUGGGCGACGAGGGAAAAAACAAAGAAUAGGAGGAUAGAUAGAUAGAUCUGGCAGCCAGGCAAACAAUGCAGCUGCUCCAACGUGCUGAUGACGCCGGCAGUGGCUCCGGGGACCCAUUUGGCAGCUCGAGCAACCCAUGUGAUUCGUGACCGGGAGUGGGAUCAAUCCGGGCCAGGAACAGGUCUUAGCUCCAGAAAUCUUGGGCGAUUUCUAGAGUUGGAGGGGAGGAAGCCUGGCGAGAUCUUGCGCAAGAGGAGAACAAUUUGAGCGAGAGGAAAGAUGCUGGGGUCUCCUCCUUCGAGGUCUCAAAACGAUCCAGAGUCGCCGUCUCUUGGUAAGAAGCCCGGUGCCUGGCCACCCACGGUGAUGGAGCCGCUUCCGGCGAAUCACGGCUACAAUCCCAGCAUGCUCGGCUCUUGGGCUCGACGAACAGGCUACAAGAGUCGCGAGACCACUGGGACUUUCUCGACUGGGGAGCAAGAGCUUCCAAAGCCGCCGGCAUACAGGGAGAGAGUUUUUGGCAAUGCUGCUGGUGGAGCUACCGCUGGAACGAAUGCUCCAGCGGCAUUGAACGGGAAUGGACUUAGGAAUUCGGUAGCCGCGGCCGGCAAGGAAAAGAAUGGGAUCCCAGCGAUUUCUGAGACAGUUCCAGUGACGAAUGUGGCUGCUGCUGCUGGUAAUGGUGUGAGGAAAAUUAGCGAGCCCAUUCGGAUCGAGCCGAUGAAGAAUUUCAGGGACAGGGAGUCUGACGUCAUGUCGUCCCAAGAUCCAGACGAUGGUGGAUCGAUCAAGCAGACUCAUAUGAAAUACGAAAUCAGGGAAAAUCCCGGACUCGUUCCACUGAUCCUCUACGGGCUUCAGCACUAUUUUUCUAUCAUUGGAUCGCUGAUUCUCGUGCCGCUGGUUUUGGUCCCACUCAUAGGCGGAAAUGAUAAUGAUACAUCGCGAGUGGUUUCCACUACAUUGCUUGUUUCCGGGAUCACGACGCUUAUUCAUUUGUGCUUCGGAUCAAGGCUGCCUCUAAUACAAGGCCCGUCGUUUGUGUACCUGGCUCCAGCUUUGGUGAUUGCGAACUCGCCAGAGUUUUCCAACGUACCUGGAAAUAGGUUCAAGCACACCAUGAAGGAACUACAAGGUGCCGUCAUAAUCUCCUCGUUGUUCCAGAUCAUUGCUGGCUACAGUGGCCUAAUGUCAUUUUUGCUUAGAGUUAUAAAUCCUGUGAUUGUCUCGCCAACUGUAGCAGCCGUUGGUUUGGCAUUCUUUACGUAUGGUUUCACGACUGUUGGUUCAUGUGUUGAAAUUGGGAUACCACAGAUUAUUGUGGUCAUCAUCUUCGCUCUGCAUCUUCGGAAGAUUUCAAUUUUCGGGCAUAGGAUUUUCCAAAUUUAUGCUGUGCCUCUCGGCUUGGCAACAACUUGGGCCUACGCGUUCUUGUUAACUGAAACGGGAGCUUACAACUAUAAAGGUUGUAAGAUGGACAUGGCGAAUCCUUCAGCGGCUUGCCAGCGGCACAUCCAUACAAUGAGAAGUUGUAGAACCGACGCUUCACAUGCCCUCAGAGACGCAGCCUGGGUAAGAUUCCCUUAUCCGUUCCAAUGGGGAACUCCGACUUUCAGCCUCAGAACGGGGGCAGUAAUGAUUGCUGCUUCUAUCAUAGCUUCAGUGGACUCGGUAGGAUCUUAUCAUGCAACGUCCCUUCUGGUUGCUUCAAGAGCUCCAACCCCUGGACUUGUAAGUCGGGCCAUAGGCCUGGAAGGCAUCACGAGUGCUCUGGCUGGUCUGUGGGGAAUCGGAACCGGAGCAACGACUCUCACUGAAAACGUACACACGAUCGCGGUGACGAGAAUGGGAAGCCGUCACGCCGUGACAUUCGGUGCAUUCGUUCUCAUAGCCUUGUCUUUCAUAGGCAAAGUUGGAGCCUUUCUUGCGUCGAUUCCCCAAGUUAUGGUGGCUGCGCUCCUGUGCAUUAUGUGGGCAAUGCUGACAGCCUGGGGGCUGUCGUAUCUCCGCUACACGGAAACUGGGAGCUCCCGCAACGUUCUCAUCGUUGGGCUUUCGCUCUUCCUGUCUCUAUCGGUGCCUGCGUACUUCCAGCAGUAUAACGCUGGCAGCAACGCCGUCCAGUUCUUUCUUGCCCCGUAUUCCGUUGCUACACACGGGCCCAUACAAACCAAGAGCGGAACAGUGAACUUCAUCUUUAACAGCCUGCUAUCGAUGCAUAUGGUGAUAGCCUUCGUGGUGGCGUUUUUCCUGGACAACACUGUUCCUGGCAGCAAGCAAGAGCGCGGGAUCUACGUGUGGUCUCGUCCCAGGAGCGCUAAGAACGAGCCGGCAUUCCAAAGGGACUAUGGCCUCCCCUUUGGGCUAUGGAAGUUCUUCGCGUGGGUGAAAUGGGUGGGCGUGUGAGCGAUCGAGCGAGCGAGCUGAGUGAGGGAGAGUGAGAGAGAGCGAGCGAGAGAGAGAGAUAGAGAGAGAGAUAGAGCGAGAGAAAGAGAAGAGCAAAGAAAAGAAAAGAGAGAGGUGAUUGUUUGUUUGUAUGAUAUAUAGAAGACGAAGAAAUCAUUUUGGGCGGGAAGUGGCA